CUCUUGUGGUGAAACUUUUUAUUCUAUCUCCCGCGGUCGACCUUAAGCGCACACGCAAACGCAGGCAGCCGUACAGCGAGGUUUCCGCUUCUCAGCCGGGCUCGGACCGCGGCUCACGAAAAACACCGUCUGCACAAGGUUGACGCACCAAGGCGAAAAAAACGAACCCACCUGGCAAAAAAACAUGUCUGAAUCCAAGUACCGCGAAUGGAUUUUGGACACUAUCGACUCGCUGCGGUCGCGGAAAGCGCGGCCGGACUUGGAGAGGAUUUGCCGAAUGGUCCGGAGACGACACGGGUCCGAGCCCGAUCGAACCUGCGCAGAACUGGAAAAACUGAUCCAGGAGCAAACCGUGCUCAAAGUUAACUACAAGGGCUCCAUUUCGUACCGAAACGCCGCCAAGGUGCAGAGGAGAAGCAGGAAAAAAGACGAUGUAACAGCGACAGCGAGAAGGAGCGCGGUGGAAGAAGCCAGUCAUUCUGACUUGAGCAACGGGGACAGCGCACUCGGUCCCGUUGACCAAGACGAGGAGACGGAGGAUCUGGAGGCUGAUAGCUCUAUGGCUAUGGACACAGACAGUAAUGCAGAGGAAGAGGGGGCUGAGGAGAGCCGGGAUGGGCAGGACGGCCCCUCUCCUGGCCGCACAUUUGAGGAUGCUGCUGUGCAGUGUGCUCCUGACCAAGCUGUCUCUGCCCCUUGCUCUCCCUCUGGCUCCCGGCCCGGCCCGAGCUCCAGCCCCAGCCCCAGCCCUGGCUCGGGUCUGGACUGUGUCUCUGCCCAGAAGGCUAGCGAGAGGCCCAGCUCCUUACCCCCCUCCAGCCCCAGGGCUCUCAUGCAUAAUGACUGGGCUUAUGAUUCUGCUGUUUGUCCAGCAGAGCGCCAGCACCCAGGAAUGCAGCGAGACAAAGUGACCACGAAGUCUGUAACUAGCAGCCCGUGUGCUGUGAAGAACAAUGUCAAGAAAGAAGAUGGAGGCAGGACAGAGGAUAGCGGCCAUUCUUCUGACCAGUUGGUGCCAGACUAUGGACCAAAAUUGGAUGAGACCGGGAAGGUUUCUGACGGAAGACCACAGACUCUGUCUUUGCCAUCUGACAUCUGUACUACAGACAAAAAGAAGACAGACAUACCCUGCCUCUCUGCAGCUGAGGACAAUCUCCUGAAUGGCAGUAAAAGCAAUGAAGUCUCUGUGAAGAAGGAGAAGAUGAGCCAGAACUUGUUGCAGUGGAGCGUGGCAGAUGUGGCCAGUUACUUCUCCGCCGCAGGUUUUCCAGAGCAGGCCGUGGCGUUUCGCACACAGGAAAUUGAUGGCAAGUCUCUUCUCCUGAUGCAGCGCAGUGACGUGUUGACCGGUUUAUCUAUCCGACUCGGCCCUGCCCUCAAAAUCUACGAGCGCCACGUAAAGGUGCUGCAGAGGACCCACUUCCUGGAAGACGAAGACCUCUGAGACGGUCGACUCACCGGCGGUGCUCACUUGAAACGCAGACACCGUUGCAUUGAACCGACAUGCACGUCCUCUUGGAUCUGCAACCCGCCACCCAUCUCCACACAUAUGAAGGAGGUGUGUGGGGAGAGAAGGCCAUGGUGGAAUUCACUUUGACUGUGAGAAAGACAAAUAACUAUAAGACAGUCAUCCUACCUCUCAUUGUGGUCUUGAGGAAUGAUUUUCAUUUCACCCAUUUGGUCAUACAACUGCAUCGACAAGGGAACUGACUUCUAUGUUGUGGGUUUGUUUUAAAGUGGAUGAGGGUUGACAUUCCUGCAAGGGGAAGGGGAGGGGGGCUGCAGCCAGAAAAAGGGACUCAACUUUGUACCAAGUGGACCACCUCUGGAUCAAUGGACCCACAGAGAGAUGACUGCAUUAUGGUGUGGCUGCAGUUCAGCCGUACGCCCACGUGAAAAGUGUUGGGCUUGUUAUGGCUUGAAAAGUUAAAUUCCUCCCUUCAUCCUGAUAUGGUACUGGCACCUUGUUUUUUUCUUUUCUUUUCAGAAAGUGUUUCUAAAUCACACAAGUUAACAAAAAGCACAUCUGUUGUGUGUUUUCCUUUUUUUUGAGGAGAUGAAUAGAAUUUCAUUAUAAAGUGCUGGGUAAGUCGGGCUGUCCGUCUCAUGUAUCGGUCAUCAGAGCUCGAUUCCUGACUUUCUCAUCAUACCACCAAUAGCUGCUGAUGUUGAAUUGUAUCAUCCAUGUCUUUGAGACAUGGCAAUAUAACCAGUAUGAUAUAAUACUACCUGCUGGCAAGGCAAUAUAUGACGUUUUUGUUCAUUCCUUUUUUUUCUCUUUUCUUCCAAACGACUGUGCUCCAACUUAAUAUGGAUGCAUUUUGAGGCACAGUUGCAGAUGGAUGUGCCCAGAAAAUAUGCAGCCUAAUGGAAUCCACCUGCACACAUAAGCAAAACAAAAGUAAUACCUUGGGGGAAAUGUUAUUGUAAUACCAAAUAUGUUGUUUUAAACUUAAUACAGCAGCUCAGUGUCGUUUUACAGAGCCGACAUCUUGAUCAAAUGCAAUAUUUUGUGUUAUCAUCCAUUAAUAAUUUGUCCCGUGUCCGUUUUGUGUUUGUGUUGUGAUCUAAGCCAGCCAUUCAAAAUGUAACAUUCCAUAAUAUGUACUCUACAUUUCCAGUGUAUCUCUUCACAUUUUUGUUAUGCUGAGUCUGAUAAAUAAAGCUCUUGUCUCCCUUUUCA